GCCACACAGUUCUCUUCCUGUAGCACUCGUGCACAACUCAUUUUUCGUGCUGCCAGUACUUCCUUUCUCCACCACAACCAUCAUGAGCUUCUACGCACCUCAGGCCUCUCACAUCUCCUUCACCCGCUCUGUGCCGGUACACCGUGCCGCUAGUACGUAUGGCGGGGCAGGUGGACGUGACACCAGGAUCUCAUCCGUCUCUUCCAUGUCUCUCCGUUCUGCUCCUAGAAGUGGGGGAAUUUCUUCUUCCACGGCCUUCAAGGUGAGCUCUGCUGGCAUGGGUGCCGGCGGAGCGGGGUCCUUCAUGGGGAGCGCUGCCUCCGCAGGGUCCAUCCUGGGCAAUGAGAAAGGCCAGAUGCAGAACUUGAAUGACCGUUUGGCCGCUUACCUGGAAACGGUGCGCCGGCUGGAGCAGGAGAACAGCAAACUGGAGAUGAAGAUCAGAGAGGCUCUGGAGAAAGGAGGACCAGAAACACGCGACUACAGCAAGUACAACACAAUCCUGGAUGACCUGAGGAAGAAGGUGUUUGAUGCCACUUUGGACAAUGCUCGUCUUGUUCUGCAGAUUGACAACGCUCGUCUGGCUGCAGAUGACUUCAGAGUCAAGUUUGAGAAUGAGAUAGCCAUCAGGCAGUCUGUGGAAGGAGAUAUUGCAGGUCUGAAGAAGGUCAUCGAUGACACCAACAUUGGUCGCCUGAAUGUGGAGAGUGAAAUUGAGUCCUUGAAAGAAGAGCUUCUUUUCCUCAAGAAAAACCAUGAAAAUGAAGUCGGGGAGCUCCGAAGCCAGAUCGCCCAGUCAGGUGUUCAGGUGGAUGUUGAUGCACCGAAGGGGCAAGAUAUGUCUCAAGUAAUGGAAGAAAUGAGGGCUAACUACGAAAAAAUGGCACUUAAAAAUGCAGAGGAACUCAAAAUGUGGCACGAAUCCCAGAUGUCAGAAGUUCAGGUGCAGGUGGCUCAGAACACAGAGGCAUUACAAGGCGCGCAGAUGGAGAUGAAUGACCUGCGGCGACAGAUUCAAACACUAGAAAUAGAGCUUGCAUCCCAACAAAGCCUGAAAGCGUCGCUUGAGGAUACACUGCGGAACACAGAGCUACGUUCAAAUGCAGAGAUGGAGAGGUACAACGCCAUCAUAAUGCAGUUUGAAGCUGAGCUGGCACAGCUGAGGUCAAAGAUCACAGAGCAGGGCCAGGAAUAUGAAGCCCUGCUUAAUAUGAAGAUGAAACUGGAAGCAGAGAUCAGCACUUACAAGAAACUUCUAGAUGGGGGAGACUUAAGGCAAGAGAUAAAGCUCCUGGAUGCGCUCGAUGACUGAGAGUGAUAGCCUAUUACAGAUGGCAAUAUUAAAGAGCAGACCACAAAAUGUGGGUUAAAUAAAUCUUCAAAACAAAAUUUCAGAUAGCAUUCACAUUGAAACCCGUGGUGAAUUUCCCGUGGUCAUUUAAAAGUCCCCUUCUAAUUUGUCUUGACCUUGACUACAGUUUGUACACCAAGACUCAGCAAAACAAUUUUAACAUGAUGUCAUUUACAGUGUAAUUGCUUUUUGUCAACAAAGCCUGUUCCACCCUACAGUCUGACUGUACACAGAUGAGCAAGUUACAGAACAACAAAGGCAGCUUUUAGAACAUCAACUGUGUAUUAUGGGUGUUCAUAAUACAUAAUUCCAUGUCAUUGUGCAAAUUAUACAGUAAACUGAACUAUUACAAUGAAAUGUGAAGAGAAAUGUGAACUUCUCCACUGAGUCAAAGCAAUAAUGAAAUAAAAACAUGCUUUCUAAGUGAAAUUUGGAAUCAAGCAAA